AAUGAUCCACUAAGUUUACCACGGCUUCUAAAGUCGGACUGGCUCCGCCGAGUAUUCAGGGUAGUUCACGUUUAUCAUUCCGAGUGACUUGUAGGAAACGGUUAGGAAAAGUGCUUCGCUAUGGGUUAUAAUAGUAUAAAGCGGUUAGUAGGAGCACUUUUUAGGCUUAGUCGUGUUGCAAUUCUCGAUCGAGGCGGAACUAUCUGUGAACCGAUUUUUUUUUCCAAUUGGAGGUGUGACGUAUUGGUUAGAACGUGAGCCUAAAAGUUGAUACUGUGUUGUGAUUCUCGAUAGAAAAACCUACUCUAAAAGUUCACAGUGAAAAGUGACUUUAGAAUAAACGAUUAUUCUAACGGUUUAAUAUCAAACAGUUAAGGACUGAUUUAGUAUUCAAACCGACCCGACGAGUUCACGAUACUUGACGAAAGUGGUUGAUUACUAUACUAAUCUGAAGAUUUUGAUUUCGUGAAUCCAUCAGUGAAUCAAGCAAAAUGUCUCCCUCGAUUAAGAACAUCCCACGUCGUCAGGCCAUCCCGAUCCUGUACACCAGAGGAACUCAUUAUGACGUUGGAUACGAUGUGGGUCGAACGUUUGCGGCUAUCAUCAAAAACUUCCUGCAGUUAUCCGGACCGUUAAACGACACCUAUUUGCCUCUAUACAACACCGACGAAGGAAGAAAAGUGUACAACGAAACGCUUGAAUCGGUGAAAAAAUCUUUCCCACAGUACAUCCGCGAGAUGGAGGGUACAGCAGAUGGCGCACAAGUUGAAUUUCAUAAGCUAUUUCUACUGCACAUGGACGAGAUUCUACCGGUAGCCGUUGAAGGCAAGAACAGCAUCAAUCAACCGAUUGGAUGCUCAACGGUUUGCGUCAAUGAACCGGACUGCGAAAUCCUAGCCCAUACCGAAGAUGCCCUGAGCGAAGUUCUCAAUCACUACUACUUCGUUUCGGCUCACAUCGUAUCGGACUCUCCUCAGGGCAAGUACAAUGUGACAGAGGAGCGUUUCACUUCGCUUUGCUAUGCGGGCCAUCUUCCGGGGUAUACCAUGAACUACAACCACCAUGGGUUGGUGUUCUCGAUCAAUACUCUCAGUGCUAGUAAGCUGUACAGCGGCAAGACUCCUCGUCACUUCAUCACACGUGCUCUGCUUUCAGCGGAGAACUUUGCGCAAGCGCAACUAAUUCUUCGGGACAACGGAGUAGGCGCUGCCGAUGGUUGCUCCGUUAAUAUGACGUUCUUGAAACAAGAUGGCGACCGUUUGUUCCACAAUGCUGAAAUGGGACCAGCCGAGCGGGAUCAGUCGCAGCUUAACAUUCUAACGGCCAGUCCCGGAGAGCAUAUUGUCCAUGCCAACAUGUACCUUCGGUUGCCGGUUCCGGAGGUAAACGGUUUGAUCAUCGACUCCAGCGUGGAACGUAUGAAGACAUUCAAGUCGUUCAAUGCACCGAAAACCCUGAACGACGUCAUACGAAUGCUAGGAGAUCAGAGCGCCAAGGAGCAUACCGUGUUCCGCGAGAAGGAUGCCAAAGACAUCAUCAAGACGGUUUGUGUGGGUAUCUUCGACUGCCGGAAGCGCACUUGGUCGCUGUACUCGGACAAUCCGAAAUUCAACGCCCCGCUUGUUGUGAUGCCGCUGGUUAUUAAGGAUUAAGUGAUCAUAUGUGCUAGAAUGAGGGGGUUCGAUCCUGCAUUUAAUGCUUUUAGGUGCAAUAUUUGGUUGUAACGCAGCAAGCUUUGCACACGGCUUUGUUUGCUUAGGUUCAACCUUUUGUGGUUUAUUUUAUAUCAAUCGUUAUACUUGUAAUUAUAUUACGUUAAGCUUA